CAGCGCUAGUCCUAACGUGAACGAAAAGGGGGACUGGCGGAGCUCUCCCCUUUGAGUUGCACAACCAAGGUCCAGGGGGGAAUUGGAGUCAAUUGCAGCCUCUCCUAUGGAAUUUUCCCCACAAUCAGGGAUCCAUCUGAGCCGUAGCGGUUGAAAUCCCGCCCGCUCAAUCUUUUGCAUGGAUUAAAACCUCUCCAGGAUGGACGUCGUUUUGGCACAGUUGCGGGGUGACAUCGCCUCUGGCGAUGCCGCCAAACAGAUGCAGGCUCUUGCUAUCGCUUUGCAGUACUCUGCUUCUGGAACCGACAUCUCCUCCUUGGGGAAGAAAGUCUGCGACGAGAUUGUGCGAGCUCCUGCCGGCCCCGUCACCAAGAAGCUCGCUUACGAUGUCAUUCGCAGCACGCGAUUGACGGCGGAGCAGUGGGAGGGUGUCUGCCGGGGGGUGGCAAACGAUUUAGAAUACCACGAUAGAGAUGUCACAGCUACUGCGGCUGCAUUUCUGACUGCAAUCCCAAGCUGGAGAAUUGGCAAGUUCAUCCUUGACCACAACAAGGAGAUCACCGCGUGCAUCAUCGACCCAAAUCCUAACGUGCGCCAGGCGGUUCUGGAGGCGCUCGGGUGCCUCCUUGCGCGGGACGAUGUCAUUCUGCUCUGCUCAACCUCGGGCAAUCUCCUAGACCGCGUCAACGCUUGGUACAAGCAAAUUGGCCAGUCGAUGCUUGACUCCUCAAACCAGGUCUGCAGGGCGGCAUUCGAGGCGGUCGGACACUUGUUCGCAGAGUUCUCCGGCAAGCGCUUGAGCCGAUUGGCGGGGGACAAACUCAUUCCGGGGGAGGCCUCAGUGGCCGUCCGAUGUCAGUUUGUGAUGACGCUCGUCGACCUCGUGUGGGCCCGCCGCGAUCUGCUCAUGGCCCGCGCCGCGCUCCUCCCCUUCGAGAGCCUCCGCUACACCGUCCUCCCCCUCGUCUUCGCUGCCCGCGCGCGCGUCACCGGCCUCUUGGAAGAAAUGCGCGCCCUCGCCGGAAUGCAGGCCUCCUCUGAUGUCAGCACCGCUCCCAGAGCCGACAGCGACGCAGAGAACGCCCUGGGGAUCGCUGACAUCGUCAGCCACCUGGCGCCGUACUUGAACUCUCUGGACCCUGCGUUGGUUUACGAGGUUGGGAUCAACAUGUUGGCAUUGGCGGGGGUGCCCGGGGGGAAAGCGGAGUGGGCGGCAGCUCCGAUCACGGCGUUUCUAGCGCUGUGGGAUCGUCAGGAGUAUGGUGCGGGGAGGGAGGCGCUGGUGCGCGCAGUGGCGUCCAACAUACAGCUGCUGGACUUGCACCUGCAGGUCGCCCUCUUCAAGCGCCUCCUUCUGAUGGUGCGCAAUUUGCGUGUCGAGGCCGACCGUAUGCACGCCCUCGCGCGCGUCUGCCGCACCGCUCUUGCCGUCGAUCUUUUCGCCAAAGGAUCCGUCCGCCGUGGUCAAAAGCCGCUCCCGGGCACCGACGUUUCGUCCCUCUUCGAAGACGCCAAGACGCGGGAGGAGCUGUCGGCAGUAACUAGCAGCGGGCUCUUUCGGGAGGAGCUCGUUGCGUGCUUGGUUGAGAGCUGCUUCCAGCUGUCACAGCCGUUGCCGGAGGCGAGCACGUCUGGGAACCGCGUGCUGGGUUCGCUUGCGCUCGCAACAUCACACGAGGCCAUGGGCUGGACGCACGCCGCGCUAGGGGUCGUUGAAGUCUGCCGGCCGUGCAUCAAGUGGGACUGCAAUCAACGCACGUAUGCCAUGGACUCGUAUCUGCGCCUCCUCGUCCGGCUCUGCCACCUGUACGAAACGUCCGCGGGCGUCAAGUCCGCGAAAGACGGCGCGACGUCCGAACAGAUCCUGGCGGAACAGCGCCUCCAAGUUCUCCAGAGGCAGCUCCUCUUGGAUCUCAAAGAUGUCGCGACGCGGCGCAUGCGCGUGCGCUUGCUGUGGGCGCUGUGCGAGCACCUUAACCUGGACGGGUUAAACCCGUUGUUAGCGGAUGACCCGACGGACCCGGUCAACAUUCUGAUCUUCAACCUGCACGAGCUGCUCUUCAACGUCGACUCGGGGACGGCGCUCGUGACCAACCGGCUGCAGGACGUGCAAGCUCUGCUGCUCUGCGCACAACACCUCGGCGCAAGGAACGCCCGUGCGGCCGCGCUUCUAGUUCUCGACCUGGAAAACUUCCGGGGCAGCAGUCUGGCGGAUACGGUGAACAAGAACCAGUGCCGGCUCGUGGUCAACGUGCUCAAGUACAUCCAGGAGAAGCCGCUCUCGAGAUGGACCGGCUGGGUGCGCGGCACCGGCGAGUACCCCUUCGGACACCAGAAACUCUCCGUCCAGUACAACGAGCCCGCGUCCGCACAGGACCGCAAACUGGAGUCCCUCGUCAAGACCGCGGUGCAAGAACUGUGGCGGCCGGCCCCUAGCGAACUCGCCCUGGCAGUGACCGGGGGAAGGACAAUCCGCCCGGUUAGCGCAGCCAAAACACUGUCAGGGAGCAGCGACCCGUGCUUCCUGGAGGCGACGCACCUGGCGGACGUCAACGAGAGGAAGCUGACGCUCAACAUGAAGAUCGUGAACGUGACGGAGCUGCAAUUGCCGCAAGUGGACGUCCGCGUGGGCUUGGACGGCGCCGUCGACUUUCUGGACAAGUCGCCCCAGGCGCUGCGCCAGCUCAAGGACCUCGCCUCGCAGGACCCCGUCUUAGCUGACGUCACUGUAACCGUUUCCAAGUUCGAGCGGUGCACCCUGAACGUCCAGCUGCUCUACUACCCCGGGGGGGGCGAGUCGCCUGCUGCCUCCGCUCUCGAUGAGACCCCCCUGAACGAGUAUGGCGACAUUCUGCCCCGCAGCCGGCGCGGGAGUGCGAACGCGGUAGUAACGCCUGGGCGGGGCGAGUGCGUCGUGUUGCGGUGCAAGCCCUACCGAGUGCCGCUCACAGAAUUGCUCCUCCCCAUGGAAAGCGCCCCCGUCGACUUCUUCCGCCUAUGGCCGACCCUCCCCGCUAUGGCCGACUUCACGUGCGCGUAUGAAUACGACCCCACGGACAAGGACGCGUCUGCGGCCGGCGCGGGGCUGCCGCCGUUCAUGUCCGGCCUGGCGGCGCUGGCGGGGAAGCCGCUCGCGCGCGUGUGCAGUCACAUCAUUCGAACUACGCAGGGCUUCCAGUUGUGUUACCUCGCCCGGACCUGGUUCGGCGACACUCUGGCGAUGGUCGUCUUCGGGAACAGCGAACCAGCUACCGUCGGGGGUUUCGGCGAUGACGUCACGGUGGCGUCAUGUCGGUUCGUGUUCCGGUCCAGCAGCGAACACGUGGUGGCGGAGAUCAAGGCUGAAGCGCAGUUUUGGUUCGACGACCUGACGGACGGCGCCGUCCGGCUGCUGACGGAGCGCGAAGUGGAGGCGGACGCGCGCGCGAAACUAGAGCGGGCGAUGCAGCCGGUGCACCUCAACCUGCCGCCCAUUAAGACGCGACAGGACGACAGCCUGCUGCCCGGGAUGGGGCCCCGGGCGCCCACCGGAGCGGCGGAAGAGCAGAUGGCGCUGCAGACGGCGGUGCUGCAAGAGUGGCACGUGCUGAGAGCGCAGCAGGUGCAUUAA